UGACAGGUUCACGAUCAGUGCGGGUGUCGGGGGUUAUGGGCAGAAGGCAGGAGAAUGGGGUUGAGAGGGAAAGAUAGAUCAGCCAUGAUUGAAUGGCAGAGUAGACUGGAUGGGCCGAAUGGUCAGAUUGUGCUGCUAUAAUGUAUGAAGGCAUGAACUGACCCUGUGCUCUGUGUUCUGUGUUCCAGCGGUGGUGUUACUGGCCUGCCUGCAGAUGGGUGAGUCUUUGUGCAUUUGCAGCUUGGCUUGGCUUGGCUUGGCUUUGCUUUGUGUGUGAGUGCCACAGAGUUAUUGUCCUGACCACCCCCUGUCUGUCUCUCUCUUCCCCAGGCUCUGCCUACAGGCUGGUGUGUUACUUUGCCAACUGGGCCCAGUACAGACCAGGGGCGGCGAUGUACGUGCCUGAUGACAUUGACCCCUGUAUGUGCACCCACCUCAUCUAUGCCUUUGCCGUCAUGAGCAACAACAAGAUCGUCAAGUACGAAUGGAACGACGUGACUCUCUACCACUCGUUCAACGCGCUCAAAUCCAGGAACAAGAACCUGAAGACACUUCUGUCUGUGGGAGGAUGGAACUUUGGAACGUCGCAGUUCAGUGCCAUGGUGGCCACACCAGGUAACAGACACACCUUCAUCCAGUCCGUCAUCACCUUCCUGCGGGAAUACGGCUUCGAUGGGCUGGACAUUGACUGGGAAUAUCCGGGAUCCAGGGGCAGUCCGUCCAAGGACAAACACCUCUUCACAGUCCUGGCCCAGGAGAUGAUGGCAGCAUUCGAGGCGGAGGGGAAGAGCUCGGGCCGGUCCCGGCUUCUGCUCUCGGCCGCUGUGGCCGCCGGCCGACCCACCAUCCAGACGGCCUACGAGGUCGCCCAGCUGGGAAAAACGCUGGACUUCUUCAACGUAAUGACCUACGAUUUCUACGGCUCGUGGAACCCCUUCACCGGGGAGAACAGCCCCCUGUAUGCUCUGCCCAACACCUGGGGCAACAACAAGUACUUCAACAUGGACUACACCAUCAAAUACUGGAUGGAGAGCGGGGCUCCGGCGGCCAAGAUCAACGUGGGGUUGGCGGCCUACGGUCGAUCCUUCACCCUCAGCACCAGCAACACGGCGGUGGGAGCUCCAUCCACCGGACAAGGCCCCGAGGGCCACUACACGCAGGAGGCCGGAUUCAUGGCCUACUUCGAGAUCUGCCUCUUCCUCAAUGGUGCCACACAGAAAUGGGACGCGCCACAGAUGGUUCCCUACGCCUACAAGGGCAGGGACUGGGUCGGGUACGAUAACCCAAAGAGUUUUGAAAACAAGAUCGAAUGGCUGAAAAAGACCGGCAUUGGAGGGGCCAUGGUGUGGACCCUGUCCCUGGACGACUUCAGCGGCACCUUCUGUCACCAGGGCCGGUACCCCCUCAUCAGCAAACUGCACACGGGUCUCGGCAUCAACCCAGAAUGCAAGGCUGGCCCCAUCCCCACCGGCCCCAUCCCCACCGGCCCCCCGAUGUCGUCCACAACAGCCGGCACACCGUCCACCGCACCGUCCACCGCUGCCCCGACACACUCCACCAAGAGCCCCGGCAACCCCAACUUCUGUGUCGGCAAGUCCAACGGCUUCCACGUCGACCCUCAGGACAAGAGAGUCUACUACCAGUGUGUGAACGGGCGCACGUACGUGCAAGAGUGCGCCACGGGCCUCGUCUUCGACACGACCUGCGACUGUUGCAACUGGCCCUGAGCAGCGGGGACUGAAGCAGCGAUGUUCCAGCCCGUGGACAGGGGGGGGGUGGGGCAGCUGAACCCCAACAUCCACUCGUCGACAGCAGCUACUCCUCACCCACCGAAAAUCCCCCUCCCCGCAAACAAAUAAA